AAGUAUAUUUUUCUUCUAGAUUGCGUGUGCGUAUAGCCAUACGCGUCGGCAGCUUCAACUUCAGUAGCUCAUUUACGUUAGUCGCAGCCCAUCAAACUUCAUCACGACCCCACACCACUACUCCUCCGCUCCAACAUGGCGAUCAAGCUUUCCGCCAAGGAGGCUGCCCAGUUCGUGCAGGAGGCCCAAAAGUCCGCCUCCAAAAACUCCGCUACCCCGAACCCGUCUCCGACCGGACAGUUCUACGGGAAGUAUGACUCCCUGUUCGAGACCUCCGUCUGGUCGGUCAACGAGAAGAAGUACACCCGGUACCUGCGCAAGCGCCAGGCCCGCCCCUCCGCCGCCGAGAAUCCCCGGAUUCUGCACAUUGCGCAGGAGUACGCGGGCUUGCUGUUCGGGAAAAGCCGGGACCGGUUGAAAAAAAUCGAACAGAAAUACGACGCAUCAAAUGCAAAAGUGUCUGGGUCUGGAAGAGCGCGCGACUUGUCACGCAGCUUUUCCAUGACCCAUGAGGUCUGGAAUGCAGGAGCUAGCAUGACAGAUUCUGUGCGAUCUCUCUCAUGCUUAUCCUGCAUGAGAAACUCCCUCCAGAAUUGGCCAAAACUGGACGACUUUUGGUAAUCAUGCAACACAGUUUUUUGCAUGCUUCAGAUUUAGCAUGACAAGUUGCAUUCUUUCCCGACCCAGACAUUUUUACAUUUGAUACGACGUGAAACUUGAAACGACCGACACGGUGCUUGACCAAGCCGCGCUGGUUCUGUCCCCAUCUUCCCCCCAGGACGAGAUGAUAACCGGCAGUGCGAAGAACAGCAAGUCCACAAUUGGUGGAACGCCGGCCGCUUCCCCCGGCACCACAGCGAAUUCGGUCGGGUCCCCGAUGGAUGUGGACGGCGAAUUGAGCAACAAGAAAAUCAAGGUGAUCGAGUUGAAAAUCGUCGGCGGGAACGACUUGGACGUGCCUCUGAUCGUGCAGGAGUUUGUCUAUGCGCAGGAAAACUACGACAUUCCCGACUUGGGGUUUGUGCAGUCGCACCUGCAGGUGUUGAAAGACAUUUCCAGGUCGACAAAGGCGAAUAUCACGAUCGAGAAGGAGAAAAUGAGUGAGAAAGAGGAAGCGGGGGAGAUGGUAUCAUAGGCCGGUUUCUUUGUUGUAGCAUUCAACUUCAAACACAAACUCAUAUGGUUUAGGCUUCUUCUGCAUGAGGAUGAGAAUAUGAGAAAGCACUUGUUCUGUACUGGGUUCUAUCUUCAAAUAAGUUUCUCGUGCACAAUCACACCAAAAAUGAUCAGGUCGAGAAAGACCCCGCCCUGCUCGUUCAAAGCGGCGAUAUUAACCAGGCUGCGAUACAACAGCAGCAAAAACCAGCCAGAAAAAGUUUCCUGCGGAUUCGGGGACCGCGUCCGUGCGUGAACCUGGCGGUGGAAGCGUUGGAUACCCACAUGCUGUACUUCAAAAUUUCCAAGGAGAUGGAGGCCCAAAUGCUACAGCUGAACGCAUGUCGACAGGCGAUGUUAGCACAAAUGAACACGGUUUGAUUGAAGAAGUUGGAUUUUGGCAUGACACUACUUUAAACUACUCUUCUAUCUAUGGUUGUGGUUCUACUGCUUCCUUCUUGAAUCAACAAGAGGUACGUUUGUUUUGCGUUUUGGAAUGGACACCGAUAGUACGAGACUUUAUGUAUAACACCAUGUUAAGACUUGACUCGCUUCUCCUGCGUACUUCCAUUGGUUGCGAAAGAAACGACAAUUUUCAAAAAAAAACAUCGGAAUUUUAUUUCCGUACUCUGAGGACCCAACAAGCC